AUGCCUAUUUGCCUCGACUUCCAUCACGAUCUCUCUCAGUCAAUUAUCCCUCAGCACUAUUGGCAGCCGACCACCGACACCAAUUUCGGUCGAUAUGUAACGGGAGCCAAGCUGGAAAAGCCCAUCUUUCUCGACCAUCUCAACGGAGGCGGAUUCGGUCUGACGGUUGCAGAAGCUUGUAAAGGGAACAGUACGCAUAUUCGACGGUGGAAUGAGGUGGCAGAACUGGGAGGAAAGGCUACCGUGCAAGUGCGCGUAUGGGUAUUCCAUACAUCAGUAUGGAAACGACAGAUUAGUACCAGAGACCAGACAAUACACAGGAAAGCCAUCACGCUCCGGCAGUUUGUCCGACACCUCGGUACGACUAUGAGAGACUACCUCAAGGUGCAAACCGGACAGUUGAUCACCAACGACGACCUCGUCAUCUUAGCAGCUGUCCAUGUUUCUGCUGGAAGCUGGUAG